UUGCAACACAUCAAUAUGCCUAGAGUUUACAAGAAAAAGGGUACGAGGGUCGAAUUCAACGAAGUAGACAUGCAGAAAGCCAUAAGUGAUGUACUUGAUCGAAAUCUUUCUUUGCGGGUUGCCGCAGAGCAAAAUAAUGUAAAACAUACGGCUUUGUUUUAUAGAAUUGAGAAUAGAGUCGAGCAAAAAGAUUAUACUUCCAAAUAUAACACGAAACAGGUGUUCACAAAUGUGGAGGAGACUAUGCUGCAGACAUAUUUACUAAGGACUUCCCGCAUGAAUUACGGAUUAACCUAUGAUUCUACCCGUAAGCUGGCAUAUGAAUAUGCAAUUAAGCUGGAGAAACAAAUUCCUGAGAAUUGGAGGCAUGGCGAAAAAGCUGGUAUUGAGUGGAUGAAGGGUUUCAUGAGAAGACAUCCAACUCUCAGUUUGCGAAAGCCUGAAAAUACAAGCUUAUCGCGAGCAACCAGUUUCAACCCAGUUAAUGUUGCUCUAUUUCAAGAUAACUAUGCUAAAGUUAUGGAAAAAUAUAGGUUUGCUCCAGAAAGGAUUUUUAAUCUUGACGAAACUGGAAUAUUGACAGUUGUACAAGCUCCAUAUGUGAUCGCUGGAAGAGGAAUUAAACAAGUUGGUCAGGUUGUUUCUGGAGAACGCGGCAAACUUGUUACUAUGUGUGGAAUAAUAUCUGCCAGUGGAAGUCCUGUUCCUCUAGUUUUUGUUUUCCCGAGAGCGAGGAUGGUGGAUACUUUAAUGAAUGGGGCUCCUGACAGGAGUUUAGGUUUUUCCAAUAGUCCGGAAAGUGGUUGGAUGACUGCGUGUAUAAACAAAUAUACACGCAGUACUAAAGACGAUCCAAUACUCAUCUUAAUGGACAACCACGAGACACAUUGCUCAUUAGAAGCAAUUCUCUAUGCCAAGGAAAAUGGUAUGAUUUUGCUCACUUUCCCUCCUCAUUGCUCGCAUCGACUCCAGCCUUUAGAUAUUGGUGUCUAUGGGCCCUUCAAGGCAAAAUUCAAAACUGCUUCCAAUGACUGGAUGCUGAACCAUCCAGGCAGGAACAUAACCAUUCACAACGUCAUGGAGAUUACUGCUAUUGCCUAUACAUCUGCUUUUACCAUCUCCAACAUAAAGGAAAGUUUUAGGAAGCCAGGCAUAUGGCCG